CCACCUCCACUUUUGUACCCUUAACCAUGCUCUCUCUCAUUAAGAAGAAUUGAAAGAAUUCUUGUUUUGCUCCUCUCUCAUAUCUUUUCUAACCUCAAAAUCUCAUAUUGAAUUCUUCAAUCAUUGAAUUGCAUUUGCAUUUGCUAGUUCAAAGUCUUUUUGUCUAUUGCGUCCAUCGCUUUUCUUCAAUUGCCAUUGAUAUCUUUUUCAUUAUUUUCAUUUCAAUUUCUUUUUCGUCCAUCGUUGGCUGUAUUUUGGAUUCAUUCUCUCUCUCUUGUGGUAAGUAAAUAUUACAAAAUAUGGUUUCUAUCUAUUGUCUCCCCUUCGCCUUGGUCUGCCUUCAAAUUUCUAUAUUUAAACUGCGCCCAUCAACAAACUGAAAAUUCGACUCAAUCACUUGCUUCCCCGACACAAUUUUACAACUUCAAAGCCUUUGCCGCCCGCAGAAUAUGUUUAUCAGAAUCGAUAUUCACUCACUACCAUUUUUUUGAUACCCAAUCUUUGGCCUGGCCUUGAAUAUUUAAAUGUUCAACACCUUUUUGUCACCAAACAAACAUUCACACACCCGCAUCCUUGCCUUCCGAGUAUUUGCUCGGCGAAUACACCACAUCUGCUUUUGCCCAAAGCUACACCAAUUCUCUCUACGACAGCUUGAACUGCUCGUAAACUACCGAUCUAUUGAACUGGAUACUUGAUUUUCACUGUUCCAAAAGGACCUUGCUAACGUCGUCUGUGCCCAUUUCAAUAGACCGUUCUCUGAUCUUUUCUUGCACGCAUUUCAACGAAAUCUCUCGUAUUCAUCUCGACGUCCAUAACGAUUUCUUCGACAUUGACUGGUAAACUUCAUCUUCGUACUCUUCAAUCUUUUGCAGAUCAAGCACACGCAGGGCAUCAAGCCUCAUAUCCCAUAUUUGGAUACCUUUUUUCGAUCCUUACCACUGAGAAGCUCGAGACCGGGAAUCUCGUCUUCCAGUAACCAAACACGAACUAUAUGCCUUUAAUUCCGAAAAAUUUUGGGCGACGCAAGUCAACAGCGAAUGCUAUAGAAAAUCCCGAACCUCCUGUCGAAUCUUCCUUCAAGGUCUUUGAGCGUCCUCAAGUCGGAGGGCAUAAGUCUGGUCCAUCGUUCGACGGUGGAGCGAAAUUUGCUAGAGGAAGUGGUACAGCGGAUUCACAUAAGGAGGACAAUCUUUUUGAGGGCAUGAAAGUUAAUACUGUUAAUCGGUUAGUACUGAGAAUCCACCUGGGAAAUUCAGGGGAUUUUAUAACUAGGGGGUACCCUUGGCAUAAGCUGAUAAAUUUCAAGUGGCAGUGGAGCAUCAAAUACGAACACCGCAUCAACCACAGAUAAUUCCUCCCGCUUGAGUGCAGCAUCUACAGCUCCUUCAUCUAUGGACACACCUGGUCACGAAGAAUGGAGAGCAUCUCAUGAUAGACAUCACGGCGACGGUUCCCUUCCACCAAAGACAUCCUCAGGUUUUUCUCUAAAGAAUGCUGGAAGGUCUCUUUCAUGGGGUAGAAACAAAGCCACUGCGUCUCCAUCAAAAGCAUCAGACGAAUUACCACCUUCACCGACCAUCCGAGACGAUAGCACUUCGAUCCGUACCCGCGCUGUGACUGCGUCUAGCUACGCAAGCACUGCUACACCACCAAAACUUGGAGAUAGAGACUUAGAUCUCACAAUGGGAGACGACUUUGGAGAUAUGUUUGCCGGAAUGGCGCACCGUAGAAUUGCGGUUUUAGAUACCCCUGGUGUCAGAGGGUUUCCUAAAAACACUGUAAGUCGAUCCCCAAUCUUGAUCAUAACUACAAUCUUACUAACCUUACGUAGGAAAUACUACCACCUGAGCCAGCAUUCAAGUCAUACUCUGCUAAUCGUGCCAACAACCAACCUUCACCCCUGAAUCUCGAUAAACGUAAACCAGUGGAAGAACCACCAUAUUCAUGGGGAUCGAAUGACGGACUUAUGAAAAAUACUAGCCCACCUCCGGCGGUAACUCGUAACAUGGGACCGCCUUCUCACCAGCCUCCUCCUGUUCCAAGACAUGGACCUCUUCAUCAAACUGACGGAAACCAAGCCAUCCCAAGGCCGCGCUCUAGUGCGCCUCGCCCUGAUUCCUCACUCAAGAGAAGUAGUGCCAUCUCCAUGCGCCGCCAAUCCACAUUAGAUUUCGAUAGCGUCGACGAGGACGAUGCACUCUUGCGUGAUUCAAUUCAUGCGAGCAAGAAUUUGGGUGAAGCACCAAGUAAUCCUCCGGCCCGUAAGAGCUGGACACUUCCUUCGCAAGCUGCAUACAGUGCCAAGGCGACUGCAAAAACACAACUUCUCGAGCCGGAUGAGGAUGAAGAUCUCUUCGAAUCCGCUGAUUUAGCCCAGCAAUUCCAAGAAAAGUCGGAAUCCCCGCCCCCUUCAAAACAAGCUCCUAUAAAUAAGGUCAUGACACCAGCACAAUUCGAACGUUACAGACAAGAUCAAGAGCGCUUGCGAAGCGUUGGCGGGCGCCUGAAAGAUGAAGAAGCCGAGGAGGAAGAUGAGGAAAAUUAUGAGGAUGAUGAGGACGAAGCACAGAAGAGCAAAAAUGCUGCCAAGCAACGACGGAAGCAGGAGGCUCACAUGUCAGUUUAUAGGCAACAGAUGAUGAAAGUUACUGGAGAAUCGACACCUUCGCCAGCACCAGCUCGACCUCCAAUGUUUAGCAGCCAAAGCACCCCUAACCUGGUACUCGAUGUUCCAACGGAGGAUGGAGAGGAGGAGGAUGAAGAAGUUCCUUUGGCCAUUCUUGCUGCCCAUGGAUUCCCCAACAAGAACAAACCACCUACAAGCAGGUUAACGAGCAUGGGAUCCAAUCCAAAUCUUAGGGGAGCAGCUCAAGGUGUCCCAGGUAUUGGUGGACCUUUACCCGUAUUUGCUCGCAACCUACCACAAGAUCCAUAUGUUGGAGCAGGCCUUGUGUACCCAGCUAAUAGGGAGUCAUUGGCGUUUGGGAAUGGUGGUCCUGGGUCUGUUCACAGCAUCCCUAACAGAGGUGCUCCUCCAGGAGGUCUCGUAGGUGUGAUUGCCACAGAAGAACGUUCUCGAGCCAUGCGAAGGGGUAGCCCAAACCCUGGAUAUGGUCAAAUGCCUCCUGGCGGCUUUACUGGCAUGGUUCCUCCACCAAUGAUGGGACACAUGCCUCCAGGUGCUGGCGCGCUAGGAAUGGGCCAGGUGGGACCUAUGGGUGCAAUGCCCCAACCGAUGCUCAGUCCCGGUGACCAAGCUCAGAUCCGUAUGACCGAGCAGAUGCAGUCAUUCAUGGAGAUGCAAAUGCAAUUUAUGCAAAUGAUGGCAACAAACCAGAAUGGGAAACCCGCUCCACAGGUCAGUGGUGCACCGCAACUCGGGCCAUUGGGUCAAUUGGGUCAAUUGGGUCAUAUGUCUCAGCCCAACUUUGGGGAAAUGCAGCGACCUACAAGUCAGCAGUUGAACACCAGUAAUUCUGGACCAAAUCUCCGACCAGAAAAUGCACAACGUACCAUGAGUAUGCUUGAGCCUUCUGGUAUGCCUUGGUUACAGCAGCACGGACAAGGAUAUUCACCAUCAAUACACGCCCAAGGCAACGGUUAUGCUCCUUCAAUAGCACCUUCUGAACGCAGCAACGUUGGAUUACCUGGCCGAUAUAGACCAGUUUCACAGAGCCCGCCCAUUGAAGCCAAGCCAAAAGAUUCAACCAUGCCAGCCGCAGUUGGGGGUUGGGACAACAAGCAUGCCUCAAGCACCAUCAAGACCGUCCAAAGGGUAGAUGAUGACGAAGAUGACGAGGAAGCGUGGGCGGAAAUGAAAAAGAAGAGAGAACAGAAGAGAUCUCUCUGGAAAUCAAAGAAGGAUACUAGCGGUUUAUCGGAAAUGCUUGGUUACACGCAAUAAUAAUUUCAUGGGCGGGGUAACUUGGUUUUAGAUGCGUAUGCAUUUGCAUUUGAGGGGGACAGCUCUGUGAUAUAUAGCAUGAAAACUUUGGCGUUGGAAGACUUGGGAGCAUUGAACUGGAAAUCAUACCUCUGGCAUGACUGCUUUGUAUAGUAGUAAUAUAAUUUCUGAUCUGGGGCGGAUUUUGUUUCUUUUUGAUCUUUCUUUCUGUU